ACCUCUUCCUUUUUCGCGCCAAACAACCCUCAGUUCAUAUCACCUCCAUUUUGUCCUAGACAAUUUCCCUCGCUCUCUCUCUGUGUAUUCUGUUUCAUCUGAAUCAUGAAGGACUUCGAUCUAACGGCUGACAGAGUUCUCGCAAAGGAAUUUCUAUCCAGUUUCGCCGAUGCUAAUGGAGAUGCUAAAUACAUGAACAUUCUCCAAGAUGUUGCAAACCAUAAGAUUCGUGCGGUGCAGAUCGAUCUCGAAGAUCUUAUUAAUUAUAAGGAUUUGGAUGAGGAAUUUUUGAGACGUAUUACUGAGAAUACGCGUAGAUAUGUUGGAAUUUUUGCCUCUGCUAUUGAUGACAUUAUGCCAGAGCCUACGGAGGCGUUUUCAGAUGACGAUCAUGACAUUUUAAUGACCCAAAGAUCUGAGGAUGGGAAUAAGACCACUGAUGGCUCUGAGCCGCAGCAAAAAAUGCCUGCGGAGAUUAAGCGUUACUUUGAAGUUUACAUCAAAGCACCUUCGAAAGGUCGACCAUUUACUUUAAGAGAGGUUAAGGCUUCAUAUAUUGGACAACUUGUGAGGGUAUCUGGUAUUGUAACCCGUUGUUCGGAUGUCAAGCCACUGAUGCAGGUAGCUGUAUAUACGUGUGAAAACUGCGGCCAUGAAAUUUACCAGGAAGUAACUGCCAGAGUUUUUAUGCCCAUAUUUGUGUGCCCAACUAGUCACUGUGAAACAAAUAGAAGCAAUGGAAACUUGAUUCUUCAUCUCAGAGCAUCAAAAUUUCUCAAGUUUCAGGAGGCUAAGAUUCAAGAGUUGGCAGAGCAUGUUCCAAAAGGUCACAUUCCAAGAUCAAUGACCAUUCAUUUUAGAGGAGAACUCACUAGAAAGGUAGCCCCGGGUGAUGUUGUUGAAAUAUCAGGAAUUUUUCUCCCGAUUCCUUACACUGGUUUUAGAGCACUCCGUGCGGGUUUAGUUGCUGAUACAUAUUUGGAGGCCAUGUCUGUGACUCAUUUCAAGAAAAAAUAUGAAGAAUAUGAACUCGUAGGAGGUGAGGAAGAGCAAAUUGCACGACUGGCUGAAGAUGGUGAUAUUUAUAAUAAGUUGGCCAGAUCAUUAGCUCCUGAAAUUUAUGGACAUGAAGAUAUAAAGAAAGCACUAUUUCUUCUCCUUGUGGGGGCUCCACAUCGAAAGCUGAAGGAUGGUAUGAAGAUUAGAGGAGAUCUUCAUUUAUGCCUGAUGGGUGAUCCUGGUGUUGCGAAAAGUCAGCUUCUGAAGCACAUAAUAAAUGUAGCGCCUAGGGGAGUGUACACUACUGGCAAAGGAAGCAGCGGAGUUGGUCUAACUGCUGCUGUUCAGAAAGAUCCGGUUACAAAUGAAAUGGUUCUGGAAGGUGGAGCUUUGGUUCUAGCUGAUAUGGGUAUUUGUGCUAUUGAUGAGUUUGACAAGAUGGAUGAGUUAGAUCGCACAGCAAUCCAUGAAGUUAUGGAGCAGCAGACCGUCAGCAUUGCCAAAGCCGGGAUCACGACAUCUCUCAAUGCAAGGACUGCUGUUCUUGCUGCUGCUAAUCCAGCCUGGGGAAGAUAUGACCUAAGGAGAACUCCAGCUGAAAAUAUCAACUUACCUCCUGCUCUUCUAUCAAGGUUUGAUCUUCUGUGGUUGAUCCUUGAUCGAGCAGAUAUGGAUAGUGAUCUUGAAAUGGCUAGGCAUGUUGUAUAUGUGCAUCAGAACAAAGAAUCUCCUGCUCUUGGUUUCACUCCGCUCGAACCAUCAAUUCUUAGAGCUUAUAUUUCAGCUGCUAGGAGAUUGUCGCCUUAUGUCCCCAAGGAGCUGGAGGAGUAUAUAGCUUCUGCAUAUUCCAGCAUUCGACAGGAAGAGGCUAAAUCCAACACCCCCCAUUCCUACACAACUGUUAGAACUCUGCUCAGUAUCCUUCGAAUAUCAGCUGCCUUAGCAAGACUACGAUUCUCAGAAACUGUGGCUCAGAGUGAUGUAGAUGAAGCACUAAGAUUAAUGCAGAUGUCAAAAUUCUCUUUAUAUUCUGACGACCGCCAAAGAUCUGGUCUGGAUGCUGUCUCCGACAUAUACUCUAUUUUGAGGGAUGAAGCUGCAAGAACUAACAAGAUGGACGUCAGCUAUGCCCAUGCGCUCAACUGGAUCUCUAGAAAGGGAUACAGUGAAGCUCAGUUGAAAGAAUGCUUAGAGGAGUAUGCAUCCUUAAAUGUGUGGCAGAUACAUCCACACACCUUCGAUAUCCGGUUUAUUGAUGCUUGAUGCUGAAUUCAAUAAAUUAUUUUUGCCUUUUUCAUGGCAUGUAGCUGUCCGGAUAAUCUACAGUUCUACACUGAGAAGAUCAAAUCGCAAGUUACGGUCUUAUGAUGACAACUUUGUAUGCCCAUUUUUAGUUCAAUUCACCAAAAUUGCAAUGAUCGUUUAUUCAACUUUGUAUGCCCAUUUUAGGUGUUGUAAUUGUAAGGGUGAUAGAUGAACAAGACUAGUUUUCAACACUAGAAAGAUUCAUGCCAUGUGAAUUGAGACGAGCCAUGUGUGCUUGUGCUUGUAGCCUGUAGGUGAUAUAAUUAGGAUAGCUCAUGAUAGUUGAGCGAGAUUUCUCCAGUGUUCUACUAAGUUGAACUAUUUAUAAUGUCCACUGGUCGUUAGAUUCGUUACAUUUUUCACAA